AAUAAUAGCAUUUUAGGGUGUGUUGCAAAUAAAUAAAAUUUUAUGGUCAUUUUACGGAAUUAAAAAAUGUUAAUAGUUGUUGAUCAAUAAUGGGCCAGGCGGUUGAUGGGCCGUGGAUAUAUAAACUUGUGUGUCAGAGAUUGCAAACGAAGAAAACAAAAGAGAGAAUUGAGAAACGACUGUUUGAAAUUCGAAUCCUUUCUCUUCCAACUUGUGUGAUAUCCUCCUACAAUGGAGUUCCCGCCAAGAGCGUUUUAUCCACGGAGAUUCCAGGCCCCUCCGGCGCAAUACACGGCGGAGGAAAGUGCUGCAGCAGCAGCGGCGGCGCCAGAUCUCCGAGAUAAGCUCGCGACGCUGGUCGAUCGCAACAAGAAAGUGAAAAUGGCGUACCAUCAACUCCAAUCGCAGAUCGCGUUCGGCCUUGUCGAAGCAGGUGAAGUUUUCGAUUCUUUGGCGAUCCCUUUGAUGAAGCUGGUUGGGCUGAAAACGUCGGAGAUGGAGAGUGAAGGGAGACACUCCACCUUUAUUUUCAAUACUGAACGAUAUCAUAUGGAUACUGCCCAAAAUGGAGUACGGACUGGUGAUCUGAACAAUCAAAUUCGCAGUUCAAAGGUAGAAAAUUAUGCUGCUAAAGCCGAAUCAGCGGGAAAAGAGAUCUUGCACAAGCAUAAGGGGCAGCUGAGACAGCUAGUUCAUAUGCUUAAGCACAUUGAAACACAGGUGAAUUCACAUCGGGAAGACAUUCUGCAGAUGGUUGACGAUCGUAGAACCUUCUUCCAAGAAUUCAUCCAGAAAUCUCUUUACUACCUAAGCUCGGUCCACAGCAAAAACCAUGACACUUUCCCUGUCACAGUGAAGCUCCUUCGCGUCCUAUUUAAUAACAUCAACGAAAUGCUCGGUUCAGUAGAUAGUGGUGUUAAUGAUCUUAUGCAGGCUUUAGCAAUGAAUAUGUGUCACCCGAUGACCAAGUACGUAGGCAACUUGGCAGCUGAAAUAAAGCAUGGCCCUUGUGUGCAACUGAUGAAUGUAGUGAAUGAGAUGGAGAGAGCAAACUCAGAUACAAGGAGAGAGCUGCAAGAUGCUAGAGAAAGGAUUAGACUCGCAGAAGAGACAAAGAUCAACGCUUUAUCAAAGCUGAAAAAAGCUGAAGAUCAAGUUCAGAGAAUGACAACAUCUGCCAAAUUUCUUCUACCCGCGAGUCAGAAGAAGAAACAAGCUGAACAUUCUAUUACUGGCAAGCGUAUAGGCACAGAGGGAAGCCGAGAACACGAAGAGAAACUACUUUGGGAACUACUGAGCAAAAGGAGAAAGCAACAAGAGCCAGAGAGUCCAAUGGGACCUAAAGAACUCAUCAGACAAUCUGACACAAAGCAGAAGACAUUGGUGUACAAUCGCCGAAGGACUAGGAGCCAAGCACUGUUAAGUUCUCAAACCGCACGUCCUGAUGCUUUGAUCCCACUUGGUUUGUCACCUUCUGCUAGAACAGUAACCUGGAGAUAAGUAAAGUAAGCACAAGUCUCAGUCAUUGCAUCAGAAUCUAUCUUCACUAUGCUCUGAAAAAACAAUGAGAUCCAAUAGCUUCUUUAUUACGAAAGCACCUUAAAAAGUACUCUUUUAUCUUGCCAUUAGUUACACUUUAAUGACUCUUGGUAUUUCUUGAGAAGAUCAAGUACUGGUGGUUCAACAAGAACGACUUUGUUUUAUGUAACUAUGGACCCUAGCAAAUCCUGGUGACUA